GUCCCGCUUUGUGCUUUUUCUAGGGACCAAUUUAAACAACGAUUUUUUUACGCUCCACUUCAUCUUGCUGUGUUCAUCACAAGACAGUUCUGAGUUCGAAACCAAUUCCCGAUGUAUAAUAUUAUGCAAUUUCAAAUUCGUUCUCUUUUGAUGAUUUUGGAAAAGCAAAUACAGUGUGACCUCUUGUCGGCGGAAACAACGGACAAUCUUUGAUCGAUGUGAGCCAUUCGUGUACAGUGUGCGUGCGUGGAGAAGCGGAGAACCUCAGCUCUAGUGAUGGGAAAGAAACAGAAGAAAUCCGGGGAGGACAGCACUAAAGAUGACGACAUCGAUGCUUUGGCUGCAGAGAUUGAAGGUGCUGGAUCCUCAAAGGACUCAAAAGGGAAGAAGAAGAAAAAGGGAGCCAAGAAGGAUGACUAUGAUGAGGAUGACAUCCUUAAGGAGCUGGAGGAAUUAUCCUUGGAGACACAUGGCAUGCAGGGAAUGAAAGAUGACAUUGCAGUGGAAGAUGUUGUUGAGCCUCCUAAAGCAGAGAAGAAAAAAACCAGGAAGGGGAAGGCACAGGGUGCCAGCCCUGAUGAAGUGGAGAGCAAUAUAGCAGAAGGUCCUGAUGACGAGCUGAGGAAUGGACAGCAGAAUAAGGUGGGACCUACUGCUCUGUCUGACUCUGAUGAUGAAAGCGGCUCACGUUCUCGUUUGAAGACCAAAAAAGGCAAGAAAGCUACCAAGAGAUCUACUGGCUCUGAUGAAGACGAGGACGACAGUGCAGCUAGAAAAGACAAAGAGGUUGAUUCAGAUGACGACGAGGAAUUCAGCUCUCGGAGAGAUAGAAAAAAUAAGAACAAAGGGAAAGCUGCGAAGAGUGAGGAUGAGGACCAGCAAGAGGAAGAUGGCAACUUUAAAAUGAAAACAGCAGCCCAAAAGAAGGCAGAGAAAAAGGAGCGAGAUAAGAAGAAAAAAGAGGAGGAGAGGCUCAAGCAAAGGAAGCUGAAGGAGAAGGAGGUCAGCACAGAUGCAAAAAAAGAACCAGAGAAGACUACAGAGGCCACACCCCCACAGGUGCUCCCUGUUGCGGACUUAGAUGUGGAUGAGCAGGAAGGAGUAGAGGCGGCAGGUGAUGACGACGGUGACAAGAAGAGAAAGGACAAGAAGAAGAAGAAAGGAGAGAAAGAUGAGAAGGAGAAGAAAAAGGGUCCAAGCAAGGCCACGGUGAAAGCCAUGCAGGAAGCUCUGGCCAAGAUGAAGGAGGAGGAGGAGCGCGCCAAGAAGGAGGAGGAGGAGCGGAUUAGAAGGCUGGAAGAGCUGGAGCAACAAAGGCUGGAGCAGGAGCGUCUUGAGCAGGAGCGCAAGGAAAAAAAGAAACAGAAGGAGAAGGAACGGAAAGAGCGUCUGAAGAAAGAGGGCAAAUUGAUGACCAAAUCCCAGAGGGAGGCACGGGCUCGGGCCGAGGCGACGCUCAAAUUGCUCCAGGCUCAAGGCGUGUUGGCCAAGCUAGGUGUGGAGGUGCCAUCCAAAGACUCUGUGCCAAAGAAGAAACCUGUUUACAUGGACAGGAGAAAGAAGAAGCCGAUUGCUCAAACUCCAGAAGUUGUCCUCUCUUUAAAAGAAACAUCUUCAGUGACCUCACCGAUUUCAGAGACGGCAGAACCUGUUGCCCCGGAGCCCGAGGCGGUGACACAACCUCCAGAGCCAGAGGUCAAGGGAGAUUUUGCUGUGGAUGAUUGGGAGGCUAUCGCCAGUGACGAGGAGAAAGCAGAGUUGAAAAAAGUACACAUUGAGGUGAAAGAGGAGCCCAUCAGCCAACCUCAGCCAACUGUCAGCGAAGAGGAGGAGGAGGAGGAGGAAGAAGAGGAAGAUGAUGAGGACGAUGAGGAGGAAGAGGAGGAAAGCGAGGAAGCGCAGGAGGAAGAAAUAGCAAAGGAGGCUGCUGUAGGCCAAGGGAAGAAGCAGCAGGCAAAGGAGAGUGAAGACGAGAGCAGCGAGAGCGAGGAUGAUGAUGAUGACAGGACCAAAGACGAGCGUCUGUACGACCGAGCUAAGAGGCGGAUUGAGAAACGGAGAGCGGAAAAUCUCAAGAAUAUCGACACAAACAGGCUGAGAGCACCGGUUGUGUGCGUGCUUGGUCACGUCGAUACAGGGAAGACGAAAAUCCUUGAUAAGCUGCGACGCACCAACGUUCAGGAUGGGGAGGCAGGAGGAAUCACCCAGCAGAUUGGAGCCACAAACGUCCCUAAAGAGACGAUUGAAGAGCAAACAAAGAUGGUGAAAAAUUUUGACAGAGAAGGCAUGAAGAUUCCUGGCAUGUUGAUCAUCGACACCCCAGGUCACGAGUCGUUCAGCAACUUGAGGAACCGAGGUAGCUCCCUAUGUGACAUUGCCAUCCUGGUGGUGGACAUCAUGCACGGUUUGGAACCUCAGACUAUCGAGUCCAUAAACCUGCUGAAGGAAAAGAAGUGUCCCUUUAUUGUGGCGCUCAACAAGAUUGACCGUUUAUACGACUGGAAGAGAAGUCCUGAGACUGACGUCUUGGCAACGCUUAAGAAACAGAAGAAAAACACCAAGGACGAGUUUGAUGAGAGAGCAAAGGCCAUCAUUGUGGAGUUUGCUCAGCAGAGUCUCAACGCCUCCCUGUUCUACGAAAACAAGGACCCCAGGACGUUUGUGUCGUUGGUUCCCACGUCAGCUCACAGCGGCGAUGGAAUCGGAAAUCUCAUUGCGCUUCUAGUCGAGCUGACGCAGACCAUGUUGGCCCGACGGGUCGCGCAUUGUGACGAGCUUCGAGCUCAGGUCAUGGAGGUGAAAGCUUUGCCUGGCAUGGGCACCACUAUAGACGUCAUCCUGAUCAAUGGGCGCCUACGUGAAGGUGAGACCAUCAUUGUCCCUGGAGUGGACGGACCAAUUAUCACACAGAUUAGAGGGCUGCUCCUGCCGCCUCCUCUAAAGGAGCUCCGGGUCAAGAACCAGUAUGAGAAGCACAAAGAGGUCUCAACAUCUCAGGGUGUGAAGAUUCUGGGCAAAGACUUGGAAAAGACGUUGGCGGGGCUCCCCCUGCUGGUGGCGCACAAAGACGACGAAAUACCUGUUUUGAGGGAUGAACUUAUCCAUGAGCUCAAACAAACUCUAAGCUCCUUCAAGCUGGAGGAGAAAGGGGUUUACGUGCAGGCAUCCACGCUGGGAUCACUCGAGGCUCUGCUAGAGUUUCUGCGCACAUCCAAAGUACCCUACGCUGGAAUUAACAUUGGUCCUGUCCACAAGAAGGACGUGAUGAAGGCUUCAGCCAUGCUGGAGCACGACCCCCAGUACGCUGUGAUUUUGGCGUUUGAUGUGAAGGUGGAACGGGAUAGCCAGGAAAUGGCCGACAGCUUCGGCGUCCGCAUUUUCUCCGCGGAAAUCAUCUACCAUCUUUUUGACGCCUUCACCAAGUACCGCGACGACUACAAAAAAUCCAAACAGGAAGAGUUCAAACAUGUAGCAGUAUUUCCUGUGAAGAUUCGUGUACUUCCGCAAUUUAUAUUCAACUCAAGAGAUCCAAUUGUAAUGGGUGUCUCUGUGGAAGCGGGCAUCCUUCGGCAAGGGACACCACUCUGCGUUCCCAGUAAAGGGUUUGUGGACAUCGGUAUCGUCACCAGCAUCGAGAUCAACCACAAGACUGUGGACAUCGCUAAGAAAGGUCAAGAGAUCUGUAUCAAGAUCGAACCCAUUCCCGGCGAGUCGCCCAAGAUGUACGGCCGCCAUUUUGAGGCCACCGACAUUAUUGUCAGCAAGAUCACACGGGCAUCCAUCGACGCGCUGAAGAACUGGUUCCGGGAUGACAUGCAGAAGUCGGACUGGCAGCUGAUCAUGGAACUGAAAAAGACCUUUGAAAUCAUCUGAGUAGCUCUUACAUCAAAAGGGAGGCACUUCUCUUCCCGUCACGACACGGAAUGAAUGGUUUUCCCUCGUGAGAACGCUCUUGUUCAGCGUGCCCCGGGUGAAAAAGUGCCACUCUGAAACAUUUCACUCUCAGUAUCCCGACGUGCCUGUUGUCUUUCUUGUUCUCUGCUCUGAUUCUUGGCUGCUGUUGCUUCCUGUCUCCGCCUCCAAACAGACGGACUCUGACGAGCUUAACAGGCCCUUGGUUUUUGGGCCUGCCGAGGUGCGUUGUGGGACACUACAAUACACAGCAAACAGCAGUGGUGCCAGUCGCCGGUUACAAAGACAACUUAAGUUGAAACCUUUUGCUGUGCGUUUUUCUGGCCGUGUCGGCAGUGGUUGGAGGUUGAAAAAGGACAACCCUCGGAAACGUUUUACUGAAGUGCUGAUGUAAUAAAUUCCCGUUAAACUUGUAUAAUGUGUGCGUAUGUGUGUGGCACGUGUGUCAUGAGUUCGAUCUCAAUAAGCUGUGGAAUAUAAAAGUGCUGUGCAUCUAUUGGAAAUUCUAGAGAAAAUAUUGAUACCUAACAUUCUUGACGUUCGAACAAGGAAGGAAGACUAUAGUUUUGUUGCAAGUGCACUUUUUUUUUUUUUUUGCGAAUGCACAAAUUUUCAUUAGGAGCACACAUUAUUUUUGUGAAUGCGAAUUGUCUCUGCCACCUAUUUGACUCCAAAUGUGACACCCUAAAAAAAAGUUAAUGGUAUUCGUAAAUCUAAUCUGAAAAAACACAUGGUGUAUUUUGGGUCUGAUUGUUAAUUGAAGUUGUUCCAACAUCCACUGUCCUGAAGAAAAUGGGAUUUUAAUUGUUGCUCUCAGUCAGGGGAGGGGUGUCCAAACUACGGCCGCAUAGGCCCAUUUUAUUGCAAAUUCUAAAAAUAUGGAGUAAUGUGCACACAAGAAGCUUGGGUUCAGCCUACAUUCUGUUGCACUUCUCGUCUUUAGCACUUGAUGGAAAUAGUCACUUAAACAAUGCCUUUCCAUUAGCUCAGGGGUCAAAGAUUGCAAGUUGAAAUCAAGGCAGGAGCUGGAACUAGAGCUCUUCUUAAAAUCUUCAUCAUGAAGAAAGAACAUUACAUGGAAAUGACAAGACAUCAUUCUGGAAGCUAAAACUUGGGUGCAAAUGGGUCUUACUAAUUGGAGAAUGACCCAAACAAUAUGGCUAAAAUGGUUAAAAAGUGGCUUGAUAAUAACAAGGUUAAUGUCUUGGAGUGGCUAUCGCAAAGCCCCGAUCUGAAUCCCAUCCACAAUUUGUGGGCAAAUGUAAAAAGAUGUGUGAGCAAGGCGACCGACAAACCUGACUUUGUUACGCCAGUUCUGUCAGGAGGAAUUGGCCAGGAUUCCAGCAGAGGACUAUCAAAGGCUAGUUGAAGGUUACCUAAAAUCUUUCGACCAAGUUAUGCAGUUCACAGGGAAUGCUACUUGAUACUAAGGAAAUGUAUGUAAACUUUUGACCUAAAAAAAAAAAUAACGUACAAUUUUCGAAGAAGUUAUCUUAAUGUUGUGGCAUUUUACAAAUUGAAAUAAUUUCGAUAAUCCUGACCUUAAACCGGAGUGAUUUAGUCUGAUGUGACUUCAGACAGUGAGACAAAAAAUGUAUAUUGCAGUGUAUGUAAACUUGAACUGUACACUAGUUGGGCUCAUUUUGACCUCAUUUGUUAACAAGUAAAACAAAAUGUUUUCUUUCUCGUGAACUUGUUGGUUCCAAAGUGACUCACUAGUUAACUUGUGACAAUAAUGUUUAUUCAACUAGUCAGACUCAGAAAUAAACACAAGAUUUGACUG